AUGUCCGACUCGCGCUCAGGGCCGGUCUCACUGACACGAUAUCGACCUUUCCUAUACCUUUUCACUGGUGCCGCUGCAGCCUUUGCGAUUCUCUAUGUCCACAACAACGUUCUUUCGCAGCCAUCAUCGGCCCCGAUUCGACGUCGAAAUGCUGUGCGGCGCACGAGGCGUACCGAACUUGAGGAGCUUGGGAUUGCCGACACCCCGUCCUAUCGAGCCAUCACCCAUCUCGAACAGCUAGAGCGUCAAAAUGGAGUAUACGGGACUUUCAGGAUCGAGACUGAGGAUGGACGACGGGUGGAAAGUGGUCUUCUGCCAUCACUACUGGCAACGCGCGACCAACUGAUGGAAGAAGUCGGCGUGCCCUCUGCCCAUGCAGAGCGCAUGCGCGAGAUGAUGGAAGACACAUUCUUGGAAUCUUUCCUUGCACUCGAUUUUCCUUCGGCGCAUACUCUUCCGGAAGACACGCCCGAGCGAACAUACCUGACUGAGCAGCUUCAGCAUCGCGGUAUCUCUCAUGCAGGUAUCGAGAGAGCCCUGGUCCGCUUCAACGGAGACGAAAACUACGGAGAGGAGCUGCGUCGGCGACGACAGAAUGGCGAACGGGUCACCCUUUCAACCUCAACCUUCCCGGACGUUUCGGCCCCACCGCAAAAUCAAGAUGGCGGGGAGACUAUGGCGGACGAUCAGAGUGUCUUCUCGUGGCGGGAUGGGAAUAAUGACCCAUCGAAUCGCGAUGGUCAGAACUUGCUCAACCUGCUAUAUCACAUUGCAGAGGACCAGGCGCGGAGAGAUGGCUACAUUCAUCGGGGCGUCACUUGCAACAGCUGUGGUGCUAUGCCUAUCCAAGGCAUCAGAUAUCGAUGCGCGAAUUGCAUCGAUUACGACCUUUGCGAGACGUGUGAAUCAAUGCAGGUGCACAUUAAAACUCACCUGUUCUACAAAGUUAGAAUUCCAGCUCCGUUCCUGGGCAAUCCACGUCAAUCCCAGCCCGUGUGGUAUCCUGGAAAGCCCACAAUGCUCCCCCGCAGUCUUCCAAGACCUCUUGCGAAACGUCUUAUGAAGGAAACCAACUUUGAAAACACGGAGCUAGAUGCUCUUUGGGAUCAGUUCCGCUGUCUAGCAAACUAUGAGUGGGCAGACGAUCCCAACAAGUUGCACAUGGCCAUUGAUCGAAAAACAUUUGACCGUUGCUUCGUGCCUAACACCUCUAUCCGACCACCCCCUCCCAGUCUCAUCUACGACCGGAUGUUCGCAUUCUACGACACCAACGGAGAUAAUCUCAUUGGAUUCGAAGAGUUCCUGAAAGGAUUAGCCAGUCUCAAUAAUAAGAGCAAUGACGAAAGGCUGCGGCGCGUGUUCCGCGGUUAUGAUAUUGACGGAGACGGCUUUGUCGAGCGCAAGGACUUCCUCCGGGUAUUCAGAGCUUAUUAUGCGCUGAGCCGAGAGCUCACCAGGGACAUGGUUGCUGGCAUGGAGGAUGACUUCUUGGAAGGUGGUGCUCGCGAUGUGGUUCUCGGUAGUCAACCCAUCAGCUCCGCAUUCCCUGGCAGCAUUCCAUCUGGCGAACGUUCGCGUGCAGGCGAAGGCAAGGUCCUAAACUCGUAUGGUGACAUGGAAAUCAUCGAUAACGGAGGCAUUCUCCAACGAGAUGGAGACGACACCGGUGAUCGCCAUUCAGUUGUGGGUGAUGCUGCCGUCAGAUCACAGUUCGGUCGAGUGCGGCCAUUGUUCCCCUCGACCCUUCGUCUACCGCCUGAUGAAUCUGCAUCUCGCCAUGCGAAUGCUGCAGAGGGUGACGAUAACGAGGAGGACGAUGACGAUGAUGCCAGCGAUACCAGUGGGUCAGACCAAUCCAGCUCAUCGGUUGCAAGCACAUGGCCUCCAGCAGAGCACAUACUCGAGGAGGAUAUCAUCGAGGCCCUUGGCUCCUAUAUUCCUGCGCAGGAUAUCACAGACCCCAUUGAUCGGGCUCGAGUCGCAGACGCAGUCUACCAAAGAAUGCGCGAGGACGACCAGAGACGAGUAUUUGACGCUCGCCAGCGCGGGAUUGAUGAUCGCUGGAGACGUCGGGCCUUCUACACGGAUGAGGAAGAUGGAGCCACCGCUCCCGAUGGAUUCGAAACAGACCCCGACAUGGACGACUUUAGUGAUGAAGACGAUCUAGAUGAACCUGAGUCUCAUCCGCCUUCCCCCCGCUCGCGGUCCUCGUCCAAGGUGCGCUUCCAGGACGAUCUUACUGAAGACUACGAUACUCGGUCCAAUCCAUCAACCUCGUCGCGGAGCAUUCCCGUUGGCGAGCGAUGGGGCGGCUUUGAGAUUCCAGAAGUCGAAAAGGACGUUGGGAAAGAGAUUUUGUAUCAGGUCACACAGCAAGGCUUCAACGAGCUUCUUGACAUACUAUUCAAGCCCAAGGAGGAUCUUCUGAUGGAAGUUCACCGCACGCGGGCUGAUCGUAAAGUCUGGGCUCGCGAAAUCGAACUCGCCGAGAAGGAAGACCCUUCAAAACGCGCUCAAUCGGACGUUCCAAGCGAGGAGCGCCUUGAGGAAAUCACCAGUGAAAGGCCCCUUGAUGACCUGCUUCAACGGGCUGGCUAUUCGGUCCAAAGCCCAGUUCUUGCCGCCAACACGGGGCCAGUGUUAGCUCCCCCGUCUCCUGGUGCUACUGCCUCGGACGAAGAAGAUGCUAGCGACAGCGAAGACGACGAAGACGAAGAAGGAGAUGUGAGGCCAACACAUCUUGCUGAACCAGAACACAAUGACAAUAUCGGGCAAGAUCGACCAUUUGAAGAGUCCGAUACCACUUCGGUCAUCUCCUCGGUCGAUUUCGAGGACAAUGCCGACUCGCAGGCAUCUACUGCAGCGCCAUCCGUGGACGGAGAUACAACGCCUCACUUCGAUCCUACGCUUCCACAAUAUCGUCCGGACUCCCAUGUCCCCCUUCCUUCCGUUCCCGCCGAGCCAACCGUGGUAACCCCAGAAGAAGUCGAUGAAGCCACCUCCGACCUGGAACACUCACCAUCAACAAGUCCACAUUCCGAUCUCCCAGCACAACUCCGACUCUCUCCUCGCACCACCUCUCUCCCUGCUCCUCCCUCUCCCCACUCUUCUCCCGAGGCCGAGGCAACGGCACCCAAACUUCCUCCUUCUCCCAUGCAGCCACUUCCACCCCCUCGCCGCAUCAGUGAUCAUACCCCCGAGACUCCUGCCCCCCGCCGACCCUCGGCCAAGACAUUGGCUCGCUGGGCUUACCUCGAUCAAAUCGAGCGCGAGACCAAGGAACGGGGUGGUCAUGGCGCCAGACUCAAUUUCGAGGAGUUCUCGCGCCGCAUGGCUGCUGAUCGGGGAAGACGACUGGCUUUCGUGGCUAGUUGGAUCGAGAUGGCCAGCUUUUGA